AUGGAAAAUAGGGAAUCCAACGGAAUCGGCCAUGCUAGAGAGUAUGUCGAUGAUUCGGCACAACAAUCCGAAUACGUCAAAAUCGAGGAAAUGAAGAAACGAGUAAAAAAUGCCGGGGGCACCAUGUCACAACCCCAGCUACACGGCCCAGAGCCAGAAAAAGGCAGUCAAGAGCCUGGCUGCGUGGUCACCGAGGAAGCUAAGGAUACUUCUCCCCCAAACCACGCAUCUGUUCGUGUUCAUUCGGAAGAAACCUCAGUUGCACUCCCUAAGCCAGAGUAUCGAAGCGUUCCCGCGCAUGUCAAGCGCAGAACGGAUCACAAAAUUCAUGCUGUUCAACCACCGGCCAAUGCGUCGAGCUCGCGACCAGUCCCAACAGACCAAAGAAAGAAUCACUCGUCCCGGAAGCAAUGA